CCAUAAAAAAUCUCUAAAUUUGUUAUUCACUUUCUUGUUUUCAAUCUUCUAGAAAAGAAAAUGACAAUGAUUAGUACCAAGAAACUCAUCAAAAUGGCUAGGAAAUGGCAGAAGUUUGCAGCCAUGCAGAGGAAGAGGAUUUCGUUUCCAAGAAAUGUUAGCGACGCAGAUAGUUGUAGUUCAUCCUCAUCGUUUAUAAUUGAAAAAGGACAUUUUGUAGUCUAUACAAUUGAUCAAAGGCGCUUCAUGAUUCCCUUGGUUUACCUAGAAAAUGAGAUCAUUAGGCAACUCUUGAACAUGUCUGAAGAAGAAUUUGGGCUUCCGAGUAGUGCCCCUAUUACAUUACCUUGUGAUUCAGCCUUCAUGGACUACAUCAUUUCACUAAUCAAGAAAGGCGUAGCUGCUGGAGAUCUCCACAAAGCGUUGCUUCUCUCAAUUCCUUCAACUUGCUGUUCAACUUCUUCUUUGCACCAAGAAAGUGGAAUCCAACAGCUUCUUGUUUGUUGAGUCAUAAAACAUGCUAGCUGUAAAUAGUUUAUUAGAUAGGUCAUACACUGAUGAACAUUAUUGUAAAGCACAUCACACAGUUUAGUGAAUAUUAUUUUGUCAUAGAAAAUUUACCAUAUCCACGGCUUUCACUUUUACAUUUGGUUAUGAGAAGACUUAACAAUAUAAUCCUCUAUUGGUACCUCUUAUAUAUAUUAACACCACUUUGUUUAUGUCAAGUAUUUCACUUACAGAAGUGCCUUCUUGAUUGGCUCUAAGAGUUCAA